AUGCUAAGACGACAAUUUGGUAAAUUAGACGAGACGUUAUCGAACUCGUCCUCGAGAUCUCAGUCGAGAGUGAGGACUCCAAUGGUCGACGGAGAGGAAAAUGGAUCCCUUGACGUAAACUUCCAAAGUAUAGAGGAAAUGUUGGCCACAAAGUUGGAUUCAUUGCAACUUUUGUUAGAGAAAAAGCAACAAGAAAUGCUUCAAGACGCCGCUAUUGGUACUGGUGAUACCAAUCCAAUAUUGGACGGAAACUCACAGGAUUACUUGCAGAAAACUGCAAAACAAUUUAAUCAGUACAGAAUCCAAUCAAGUCACACUUCUAUCAACGAGAUUAUUGUAUCCUUGGGGGCCUCUAGGUCAAGUGUUUCUUCUAGUUCUCGUGAAUUGAUGUUGGCCCAGCUUUACAAGUUGAUUGUUUCAAGACCCUUGAUUGUGUAUAAUGAAGAGCAAAUAGGAACUGACCAAUAUGUCACGGACGAUAUGGUUGCACUUUUAUUGAAAGUGUUAACCAGUGGCGACUACAGGUCCCCCACUGAAUUCUUGUUGUUGUACAGAUCAUGCAUUGCUCUCUUAUGUAGUGACAUUGAAGAAUUUGGAACCUUGGUGCUGUCGGAUUUCUUGUCGUACAUCUCCAAAUUAAUCCAAGAACCUGCUACAUCUGUAAUAACAAAUGAAAACAAGGCUAGCGUUGUCACCGGACUUGCUCUGUUGUUGACUAUUUUACACAACGGAUCUUCGUCAUUCGGUAUCGACGACAAAAUCUCUUGGCUCAUAGAAAUAGCGGAGGGAUUUACCGAAAGCUCUAUCCAAUUGCUGAAGGACAUUCAAACUGGUGACAGAGAGUACUCCACUUUGAUCAACGAUGAAAGUGACGACAAGAGAAUUGUAAACGAAUCCAAUGUUAAAGCUUCUGGUGAAGCUGCAGUCGCUAUAGCAGCUUUACAUGGAUGUGCUUGUUUGUUGACUUUAAUAGCAAAGGGAGAAUUCUUGAACGAGUUCGUUACAGACUUGACAGCAAAACUAGUAACCAUCCUCGAUAAUGACGUAAAUUAUGAAAUUUCGAAGGCUGCUGGUAGGGCCAUUGCAAUCUGUUAUGAAAUAUAUUCAUAUUCUGAAGACGAAGAAGAUAAUGACGAUGAUGUGGGUGACGAUGGAGAGUUAGAAUACAACUACAAUGCGCCAUAUUAUGAACAGGAGCAGUUAUUCUCCAUAUUAUCUAGACUCGCAUCUCUUUCUACUCAUAAAAUAUCGAAAAAGGAGAAGAAGGUAACCCAUUCCAUAUUCAGAGAUAUUCUCUCUACCGCUAGAACGUACACCAACCCUGAAGAGAGAAUCGAAAUUUACAAAAAAUCUCCAAGAGGAAUGGAAAUUGUCUCAGAAAUGAUGGAAUCUUCAAGUUACAUAAAGCUUUCUAAGUCAAGAUCCUUACCGAUCAAUAGCUGGUUCCUCUACAUUAGGUUGAUACAUUUGAAAUGGACUUUCAGUUUCGGUGUACACAAUCAACUCACGAGUAAUGAAAGCAUUCGUGACAUAUUGAGGGAGCCUGCCACGGACUUCCAAGAGAGAUAUGGAACCAGCGGAGCUGAUCAUAUGGAAGCUCACGGCGACUAUGGAACCACUGAGAGAUUCGAAACUGACGAUAAGAAGAGAACCAAUUUGAUUAGAAAGGCAAGAGUAAAUAAACUAACCGAAGAGAUUGAAGAUUUACAGUUAGGUGAAGGUGCUGAAAAGAAAAAGUAG